AUGACAGCAAAUGGCUCGCAGCACAACAGCAAAAUCACGCAACACAACAGCAAGAUCACGCAGCACGACGGACCAACAUCUUAUUUUUCUUUUUACUUUUUAAACUUUAGGCAGCUUCCAAAUGACGCGGAGAUGGCUUUAGGAGGGACCCUGCUGCCGUCCAUUUCCACCUUUACCAGCCCCGCUGUCAAGACCAAAGCCAUCUCAAGUGCCAACCUAAGAUGGAAGGACGAGCUGUCCCAUCUUAAGAAACUCGGUGUGCCAAGUGGAAGCGCGGACCCAGACCAUCCCACUGCUACCACAAUUCCAAGCAUGUCCAAGAAAGACGUGGAACCAGACCUCGACUUGGACUAUGACUUCAUUCUGUCCAACUCCAUGCUCCAGCAACAGCAACAACAGCAGCAACAAGACGACGACGUCAUGGCGUGCGGUUCCGUCCAAGCCCUGCCGCCCGGCUCGCCCAAUUCUUUCUCCUCUUCCUACCCCCUGCUGCCUUCCCCUCAGGGCUCGGCCGACUUGCUCUACACCAUCCCGGACAUCAGUGACGUUUCACCCUCUGGUGGCUUCGUGGCAGAACUCAUGAGACCCGAACUUGACCCGGCGUACCUCCACCCGACCAGCCUGCAUGGCAAAUUUGUGGUGAAGACCACAGUAGACCUGGGGGAGUACAACCCAAAGGCUUGCGUUAACGCUACUUCAGACCGCCCCGCUUCACGGGCCUCGCCACCAUUUACGUGCCACCGGAUAAAGCAGGAGGCCCCCAGUAACUGUACAAUCUCGCAGCCCAUGGACCUGCACCGGCAGCGGCCCGGUCACCUGGAAUUGCACGGGUUCCCCGGAAAUGGACGAGGACGUCUGUCCUCAUCCUCGUCGCUCUCUCCAGAUCACCCCCUGAGCCGCGAGCACCAGGUGUUGGGCCACCCUCACGCCCAAAUUCCUCUCCAUCCCCACGGUUACCAUCACGGCUCGCCGCAAGGAUACACCGCCUACCCUCAGGCCACCGCCAUGCAGCAGUACCAAGACCCUCACAUGGUUUCCGGCGGGGACUGUUUGCCAGAGGAACCCAAGCCAAAGCGCGGGCGGCGCUCGUGGCCCCGGAAGCGCGUCGCCACGCACACGUGCGACUAUGUCGGCUGCGGGAAGACGUACACCAAGAGCUCGCAUCUCAAAGCGCAUCACCGCACACACACAGGAGAGAAGCCUUACCACUGUGACUGGGAGGGCUGCGGCUGGAAAUUCGCACGCUCAGACGAGCUGACGCGCCACUACAGGAAGCACACGGGACACCGGCCGUUCCAGUGUCAAAAGUGUGACCGGGCCUUUUCCAGGUCAGACCACCUGGCGCUCCACAUGAAGAGACACUUGUAA